AGGCUGACGCUUGACUUCAUCCUGCUUCUUUCAAAACAUCAUUUUCGUUUCGAUUUUUCGUCUCUCCACUUUGGUUACCAUUGGCAUUUUCCGUUCCGCCUGAUUCGACGUAGUCUCGGUUGCUCAAGUGUUUUAUCGAUGUAAAGUUCAAUGUAGGCGUCGUUCAGCUUUCGCCUAUUCCACGCAGCGCGAGCUUAGCAGUGUGUGUGCGUGUGUGUGUGAGUGAGUGAGAGAGAGUGAGUGAGAGAGAGAGAGAGAGAGAGAGAGAGAGAGAGAGAGAGAGAGAGGAAGGAGGCGGUAUGGAGGUUUUGUGGCUCCUGCCGCUUCUCGUUGUGCCGGUCCUUUUUUGGACCAGCACCACGUUCGUUUUCUAUUUCAAAAAAUGUUUCUACGUGGCUUAUAUGAUGCUAUUGGCUUUGAUCGCGAUACCCAUCUGCAUCCUUAAAAGCGGCGGACGGGACGUCGAGAAUAUGCGGGUCAUUCGCUUCAUGGUGCGCCAUGUGAAGUACCUAUUGGGUCUGCGAUUUGAGGUUAGUGGCUGGGAACACCUGCACUCAGAGGGGCCGUAUGUAAUCAUCUCCAACCACCAGUCUUCACUUGAUGUCCUGGGUCUGAUGGAGGUUUUGCCUGAUCGCUGCACCACAAUUGCCAAGAAGGAGCUGCUGUGGGCAGGAACAGUGGGCAUGGUUUGCUGGCUGGGGGGCAUCGUGUUCAUCAACCGCAAGAAAACAAGUGAUGCUAAGAGCGUUAUGACCGACACUGCCAAGACCAUGCUACAUGACAAGAUCCGCCUGUGGGUGUUUCCUGAAGGAACACGGAACCAGAAAGGUGAUAUUCUGCCAUUUAAAAAGGGGGCAUUUCAUCUGGCAGUUCAGGCUCAGGCACCCAUCAUCCCCAUUGUGUUCUCUUCCUAUAGCAACUUCUACCUUCGGAAGGAGAAAGAGUUCAAAUCAGGAACGAUCACACUGAAGAUCCUCCCCAAAAUUGCUACCAAAGGCCUGACGUCAGAUGAUGUGUCGUCACUCUGUGACCGGUUGCAUGCUGUGAUGUGUGCUGAAUUUCGGAAAAUUUCCAGCCCAUCACCUCAGUCCAAUGGGCCGUCUAAUCACUGAGCAUUUCGGCGAUUUCAUCUACUGUUUCUCUCCUAUUGCCUCUCAUAGCUGCAAUGCUCUCUGGCGGCUAGAGACUUUGCAGUCAUGGUGAUUGACGGUAGCUGUGGCAACUAGACACUUCCAGUAUCUUCUUCAGUGUCCAUUUAAAGCCACAUUACACACACACCAACACUCACACUUAUAUGCCUAUAUAUACAAACACACCUAAUACACUCUGGUCUCUCAUUGGGACUUUUGGAAGUGUGUGGGUGUGGAGUUGAGGGCAGCGACCGCUGUCCUUGCCCAUUGGAGACAGUCUGUUUGGAGCAUUUUCCUUCUUUCAGUAGGUUUGUUUCAGAAAGGAAGUUUGUUGUGGAUGUGCAUUAAUCAUGCAUGCCUUUGGAUGCUUUUUCUCUCCUUUGCUUUUUUUUUUUAAAUCCUGGGUAGUUUGGCAUUUUAUUUUAUAUUUUUCGUCCCUUUCAUGAUAAUCAUUUACUUCUUACUAUCUGAUUUUUUAGGUCUUCACGUGCUCUCUUAAAUCAUUUUUCAUCUAGUUUUUGUUUGUUUAAUUGUCUUUUGCCAGCAGUCCUGCCUUAGGACUCAGCCAAUUAAAAGUGUACUUUAAGUGUAACUACCACCAGUGGCAAACUUUCACCAUUCCAAAACCUACCCCAUGAAGCAGAAGUCAGUAACUUGGGAGGAAUUUUUCACUUGGUUAUACUCAGUGUUGAUCAAAUAUUUUUCCCUAAUAAGCCUUAUCAUUAGAGUUUGCACGUAAAAAAAAAACUAAGCCUUUUUGUUGCUUAGCUUUAUUUAUUUUGUAUUCCUGCCUUUUUACAUUUUGUCCCUUGUUCUGGAAAACGUACCUCUUAAGCUGUAAAUGUAAAAGGUAAUUUCAUAAAGUGCAGUGUUGGAUUGUACUAGGCAUAUUGGCUACUAAAAAAAGUAAAUGAAAUAUAGCCUGUUAAAAUGUAGUAUUUAAUAAUUUAUUUCACAUGUGAAUUAGAAGUAGCUAUUUGUGGUGCUGUUAUCUUUGCUGUGAUGCAUUUAAUCUGUAUCAUAAGCUUACUCAGUGCUGCCAGAUUAAACAGUAUCCACCACAAUCUGGCUAUUUUUUUUAUCACCUUCAAAUAAAACAGCCUUAGUUUGCUCAUUGCGUUUCAAAGUAACAUUUCAGGACGGGUUCUAAGCAUCUACAUAAUGGUGCUUUUAAUCUGGCACAUGUAAAUGUACAUGUAGACAAACCGUUACAUAAGACCUUUGGUUAGCAUAGUUGUGGAUAAUUACAAAACCUUUGGUAUUCGUGUAUAACACUUCUAAAUCAAAUGUGGCCUGCUAUGAAAAUAAUAGAAUGAUUUUUAUAAUAACCUUUUUGGUUAAUGAUUAUUUAUUCAUAUGUUUAAUUUAAAAAAUACAUUUGUUAUCUUGGUAUAAUCAGGUAAUGUACUAAAACAAAUGCUAUAAAGUGUUCUUGUGCCAUGUGUGUGAAGUUUCUUAGCUGCCACUUACAGCACUGUGAGUCAGUUAGUGAUCAGUGAUGGAUGAGAGUAUUGAAGAGCGUGGGGUGGGUGACAUUGUUUUGAUUUGUUUUCUGAAAACUAUCAUUUUUCCCAAUACUGGCUCAGUUCAUUUUGUGUAAGAUUUCAGAUUUAAAGUAUCUUACUAAGGUUACCGUACUAAAAAUUAUGUAAAACCUCUUUUUUCCAUUGAAGGUAUAACCUUUAUUUUUAAAAAGAAUUUUCAAAAAAAGUAGCUGAACAAUAUUCUGAAAACCACCAAAUAUAUAUUUGAAGUUGAUUCUUGUUUAUCUCUGCUUGUCAUUUUUGAUUGACAAACUUUAAUUGUGCUUACUGUUGUUGAAACUAGGCAUUUCCAUACUUGUAUUUCCAUUUCAUUUGGGGUGAAAUAAAUAUUUGUUUCAUUCGAAAUGCCAA